AUGAAUUUGAAUGGGUAGAUUUUCACUUGACAUUUAUGUGAACAUCACGUGAAAUCACGACAAAAAAUGGCGAAUUGGUAUUUUUAUUUUUAAUCAAGUGAUACCUUUUUUUGGAAAAUGAGCAUCGACCGUCAAGUGAAAUUCUAUCUAAAUAUUAUAAAAAUUUGUGAAACAUUUGUGAAACCAAUAUGUGCUACCAAGAAAUUGACAUAGAUAUCGAUAAUGGAACUAUAUCGACAUGAUAUCGAUAAUAGAUAACAUAUCGACAUUUUUACGUUUAAAUGAGGGCGUUUUCAUAUUGGAAUUUUCGGCUGUCACUUCGGGACAAGAGUUUCACGAGAAAACGCCGGCGUGGCUGCUCUCAGACUUCUCUAGACUUUUCUUCGAUAUAUGCUAUAUCAAAUGAUAGAAUUUUCUAUCGAAAGGAAUUGUCGGACCCUUGGUACUAACUGUGUAAGUGCAUGCUAUGAUUCUGUGAUAUAUUACUGGUCAUGUAAUUUCACGGUUAUUUAUACAUGAUGUACGUUUAAUGAAUUGCAAGUACUAUAGAUAUGUCAGAGCACGUGGAAUUGCAGCAUUUAGUUGACAUUGAUGUGGAGAGUAACGCAACAAAUCACAAAAAAAAAUUCUCUUUAUUAUGCAAAUCAUGCCCUUAUCUGGGUCUAGUAUUAGCGACAUUCUCAUCUUUGUUCUUCUCAUUAUGUAGCGUCAUCGUUAAGAGUUUGGUAGAGAUAAAUCCUACCGAAAUGGCUAUCUUCAGAUUUUUGGGGGUAUUGUUACCAGCUAUACCAAUUGUGAUUUAUAAAGGUGAUCACCCUUUCCCAAAGGGACGUAGGCUAAUACUUAUUCUAAGAAGUUUUAUUGGUACAACAGGACUCAUGUUAAGUUUUUACGCGUUUAGACAUAUGCCAUUGGCCGAUGCUUCUGUUGUUGUAUUUUCUGUUCCUGUAUUUGUAGCGAUAUUCGCACGGAUAUUUUUGAAAGAACCCUGUGGGUUAUUCAAUGUUGUUACUGUAUGUCUGACAUUGAUUGGUGUGAUAUUAAUAACACGACCAUCGCUAAUUUUUGGCAAUACCAUAGAAUCUCUCUCAGAUGGCAGUAUUAAACCAGGACAUGCGGAUUUGUGGGGUGCUGUGGCUGCUUUCUCAGCCACUUUAUUCGGUGCAAACGUAUACGUUUUAUUACGCGCAUUAAAAGGUAUUCAUUUCUCUGUUAUAAUGACAAAUUUCGGUACAUUUGCUUUAAUACAGACUACAUUUAUAUCAUGGAUUAUUGGUGCAUUAUGCUUACCACGUUGUGGUACGGAUAGACUUUUGGUUGUUGCACUCGCACUAUUUAGUUUUGCAGGUCAAAUCUUACUGACUUUAGCUCUUCAGAUAGAACAGGCUGGUCCAGUGGCCAUAGCAAGAUCCACAGAUAUUGUUUUUGCAUUUUUCUGGCAGGUACUAUUUUUCAAUGAGAUACCAAAUCGAUAUUCCGUAGGAGGCGCUAUAUUAGUCACAAGUUCAGUUUUGUUAACAGGAUUGAGAAAAUGGGCUCUCUCUUUACCAGAAACAUCUAAUAUUAAAAAAUCUCUUGGAAUUUUAAUGAUGUAA